AUGGAAUCAAUCUUAUCUACCCAAAACAACGACAUUAAAUCAAUAAAAGACCACGAGAAAUUAUCAGAUCAUAGAAAAUACUUUCUUCAAUGGAAAACUUUGGAAGCCAGAUUGAGAAACUCACAAUGUAUUGAUGACGAACUGCAAAAAGAAAAACAUUUGGAAAGUAAGCGAUGGCGUCAUAUCCUUCAAGCUGUUUUAAAUGCAAUCAUGUUUUGCGCCAAAAACACUUUAGCAUUACGAGGAUCAAGGACAGAAAUUGGCACACAAGAAAAUGGAGUGUUUUUGGAUAUUAUAGAACUGCUCAGUAGGUACGACAAAACAUUGAAAGAGCUCAUCUUGAAUCAUAAAAAGUAUUUAUCACCACAAAUUCAAAAUGAGUUUAUCAAUUUACUGCAAAAGAAAGUUCGUAACGAGAUUUUAUCAAGGAUUCAGAAAUCCAAGUAUUAUGGUUUGCUGUUUGACUGCACGCCUGAUGUCUCUCAUAAUGAAAAGAUAACAGAAAUCAUUAGUUACUUCCACAUUGACAAUGGAAAAUGUUUGAAGAAUUUACUACAAGAACUUCGCGACACAGAAUUCAAAGAAUGUUUUACACGUGCCAUUGUAUUAGCUACUACUCUAAAAGUAAGAAAUGUCAACAAGAGAUCAAGAAAGAAGAAAAGAUUGGAGUUAUAUGAAGGAGAAUACGACGCGCCCGAAAUUUUAGAAAAUCAACAGUUUCGCAUUGAUAUUAACGAGGUUGAUAGGUUCAUAGUUGAAAUCGAUUGGAGGUAUGAAAAGAUAAUGGCCAAUGAUUUUGGAUUCUUGUCUGGCGAGUCUAUGAAAAAUAUGUGUAUCACGGAAUUGAAGAAAGCAGCGAUGAAUCAACAAUUGACCAGAAAAGAUUUUCGAUUUUGGCUAUUUUAUCGAUAG